AUGCAGUCUCUGGCGAUUCAGGAGUUGAAUCGGCGUCGACGCCGAUGUUGGGUCGGACAAUGCACUCACUUUUGGUUCGGUAGCGAAGACGACAGAGUCUUCCUGUAUUGGCUUCAGCCUCUCGACCGUCAAGACAGCAAGCCAGGCGAUCGAAACUUGGUUCUCGUCGAAAACAACAUCCAUGUUGGCGUCGCCCACAAGGAUUUGCAAGGCUGUAGUAGAAGCCGUCGCGGUCAGCUUUUGGGGUGGAUGAUGUACUCCGUGGCACCCGUGUGGUUUGGACUUACUGACGAUAUGGACGUAGAUGUUGCAGCUCUGGUUCCGGGCGCCGCUGUCGUUGCUAUUGAUCUUAUUUUGAGGCCCGCCAACGGUGCUCGCUCUGGCCGCGAUUCACUGCUUCCCGUCUCUGGCAACAACAAUCCUCCGCCACACCGAUGA